UGACAAAAAUCAACGGAGGGGAAACUGGGGGGCAGAGUGACGUCACAAGGUUUAGCAACCGGCGCGCUGUACGGAAGAGCGGCGUGUGUUCGCCAUCAUUACUCUGAUAAUAACUCUUUGUGAGACAUCAUGGCCUCAGAUGACAUAGCACAGCUGGCUGAUGCUCUUUCCAAGACCCACGUCGGGGAUGGAGAGCUGAGCUAUAAAGGACUUGGACUGAAGCUGGACAACGCAGCAUCAGUGGAGGAGCUGGUCCGUGAGAUCGAGCAGUACCAGGGCCUGAGAGCGCUGCGCCUGGAGGGCAACACCGUGGGAGUGGACGCAGCACGGGCCAUUGCCAAGGCUCUCGAGAGCAAAGACCAGCUCCAGAGAUGCUACUGGAGUGACAUGUUCACCGGAAGGCUACGCUCUGAAAUCCCAACAGCCCUGAGGUCCCUGGGCAGUGCAUUAAUGAGUGCAGGGGCCAGGCUGACUGAGCUGGACCUGAGUGAUAACGCCUUUGGGCCGGACGGUGUAAAGGGAAUCGAGCAGCUGCUGAAGAGUCCGUCCUGCCAUACCCUGAGGGAGCUGAAGCUCAACAACUGUGGCAUGGGGAUCGGAGGAGGAAAGAUCCUGGCUGAAGCACUGAUUGGGUGCCAUAGACAGUCAUCAGCACACGGAGCUCCACUCAGGCUGAGAGUGUUCAUCGCCGGGAGGAACCGCCUGGAAAAUGAAGGAGCCCGUGCCCUGUCCAGGGCCUUUCAGCUUAUGGGCAGCCUUGAAGAAGUCCACAUGCCCCAGAAUGGUAUCAACUAUGCGGGUGUGAUGGCGUUGGCUUCGGCCAUGCGCCACAACCCAGAGCUCCGUGUCCUCAACUUCAAUGACAACACCUUCACCAAGAACGGAACGCUGGCAAUGGCCCAGGCUCUGAGACACCUGAGGAAUGUACAGGUGAUCAACUUUGGCGACUGUCUGGUCCGCUCUGAAGGAGCCAUCGCCCUCGCUGCAGUCCUCAGAGAGGGACUGCCAAUCCUCAAGGAGCUCAAUCUGUCAUUUGGUGAGAUCACACAAGAAGCAGCACUCGUGGUGGCUCAGGCUGUCACGGACAAACCUCACAUGGAGAAAGUGGAUCUGAAUGGUAACUGUCUGGGAGAGGAGGGCUGCGAGGCACUGAGGGAAGCUAUGGAGAACAUGGACAAAGGAGAUGUGCUGGCAUCACUCAGUGAUGAUGAGGGAGAACCGGAUGAGGAUGAUGAUGAUGGAGAUGAUGAUGAAGAGGACGACGAUGAUGAUGAUGCAAGCGACCACUGUAAUGAAGACGAUGAGGAGGAUGGUGACAUUUUGAAGGAAAAUGGAAUACCAAGAAAAGAAGACAGUCCUGAAAAACCUCAGAGCUCGGCAGAGGUCAUGUCUUUCCUCAGCUGCCCCUCCGCAGAGAAGCUUUUACAGCUGGGAGAGACGAGGACAGACCUGGGGCAACAGGUGGAUGUGUCUGACCCACACAAGGCAGCUGAUGUCUUUCUGAAAAUUGCGUCUUUGUACAAGGAGGAACCAGAGAUCAAGACAGCUGUCCUCGGAACUAUCGACGCCAUGUUAAACAAGCUCCUCUCUGCGUCAGCCCUCCAGUCAUACUGCUUCCUCUCCACGCUGCUGGUCAUGAUUGGACUCCUCAAGGGGGAGAAAAAGAUGAAAAAGGUGUCACUGCUCCCAGGUCAGCUGUUGUGUUUGGAACAUGCCGUCCAGCAGGAUUACUUCCCCCAGCACCAUGCCUCGCUGCUUCACACCUUCAUAUCCAAGAACAGCGAAGCUCUCAAGUCCUGCAGCAGCGCCGGAGAGAGGCUGAGCUCUGCUCUGGAGAAGAAGUGCCAUGACCAACACUGAUCAACCACUGCCAGGACCAACACUGGGACACAGACACACACUGUACUGACAUUCAUCUCUUAACAAACAAAACAGGGAAACUUUACACUUGAACAAGGGACUCUGACGACCACUUAAUGUAUCUCCACUCCUGAUUUGUAUAUUUUAUGAAGGUAGAUUCUCUUAAUUUUUAUUUUUCUACUUGUGACUUAUAUUUUUUUAUAGAAAAUAGACACAAAUAAUAAAAACAUAGAAACACACAUAUCAUUUAACCUUUUGGGUUCAUAAAAAAAAAAAAAAAACUGAUUGUAACCUGGAGUGGAGUCGACAUGGACAACAUAUCGCAUUUAAUGAAAACAUAGCUUCAAAGAUUCUCUGUUAAACAACAUUAAAACGAUGCAUCGGUUUCAGACAAAGCCAUGGAAAUAUCUGGAUUAUUAACAGAUUGAUGUUAUUGCCAGGUCUUGAUAAAAUUGGAAAUUGCACAGUAAGAUUUGGCAGAUAGUUUCAGUGAUUCUGACAAACACGCAGCUGCACAUGUUGCUGUAUUUUUAGACCUGUAUCUCGCACACAUUCGUUGCUAGGCUGUGGAGCUGUGAGACAAUUCAUGUAAAUCACACGGAACAAAAAAACUAUAAAUGCAAUCUAUCAAAUUGAAAAUUUAAGAGCUGCCUUAAAUACAGUUUACUUGACUGGCUGUGUUAAAUGCCAUUUCUUUCGUCGUCGCUUUGACACGAUUUGAUGGGAAGGAAAACAAAUGUUUAGGACAGUCUGUCCAAUCACAAUCACCACUCCGCUGCUCAUAUAGUCCAGUCAAGUCAGAGUACUGUGUGCAUCAGACUGUGAGCAGGAAUGGGCUGCAUGCAGGAGCACCACACACACACACACACACACACACACACACACACACACACACACACACACACACACACACACACCCCUUCCAAAUGAGCCUGAAUACACAAUAUAUGCGUGUGUGUGUGUGCAUCGCCCUGCACUGAGCACAGUCAUAACACUGCAGAGCUCACCUCAGGGGACCACAAUCACCUUUACCCGUUUUUCCUUUUUCAUCUAUAAUCAGUCUUGCCUCAUGUAGCUGUUUAUUUGUCUGUCGUUGAUGUGAUGGAGCAUUUAAGAGAAAUAUGUUGAGAGUGGAAUGCACUUCAAUGCCAUUAAGAUACUCUUCUGAGUAACAACACCACGUGGACUGCAUUUAUAUUGUCAGGAUGUUUGUUAACCUGAAAGCCCUCUCAGAAAUAUAACUCGUUUAACAACCCUG